CAUCUUCGACGGCUGACGUCGGCUGCGCAGCUUCUGCGGUGCGAUGCCGUUGGCUUUGCUGGGCACAUAUAAAACAAACGAUGGUUAAAUAUUCACAAUCAUAUUCAAGUGGUUCGUUAGUGCGUUUGAUUUCGCGUCCGAGAAAGAAGAAUCGUGAUCUUUUCUGUUUUAUUAGGCCCAUUUCCAGAGAGUCGAGUCGCAAUGACUAUUUCACGGUUUCGGAAGCAGCUUGUCUUAUGUUUUACACUGAUUAUGCUACCUUUAGUCAGUGCCGACUAUCAGGGCAACAUGUUCCUAAACGGCCAGUACCAAAACGGCAUCAAGGUUCAAAAGGAAACACAAGAUUCAGUAAACCCCUCAUCGAACGUGUUUCUUAACCACGCCAUCAUCAGCAGGCAAGCGUCCCCAUUCCAGGGACCACCCUAUCUGCCACCCAAGGAGUACCUAAAGUGCGAUCCCGGCCAGCAAUGUGUUCGCCAUGUUCAGUGCCUGAACGGAUUCUUUACCCAAAAGUUUCCAAGGAUACAAAACUGUCAGCCGGAAACCAAUAUCUGCUGCACCUACCAGGCGCCGCCACCCAUUUCUACAAUAAAUACUCCCGUGCCGUUUGCAUCCUGUCCCCGUGACUCGGACUGUGUAGCCUCGGAAAACUGUCGCAACGGAGAAAUAAGUGCCAUACACUACGUUAAGAAGCAAAAACACAUACACUGCCCUGCUCCCAAUGUUUGCUGUCGCAUGCCUUCGACAACGCUGACCGAAGAUGGAUAUAUCUUUAACCUGCCAAACAAAACCUUCCCUCUGCCGACGAAUCCAACGAUAUCGGUCGUACGCACCACACCGCCGCCGUAUCGAUCGCAGCUCACGGUGGUGAUACCAGCCCCCCGGCCUAAUUAUCUGCCACCUUCGACCACCCUGCAUCCUGUACAGACAACCCGACGACCCGACCACCAGUCGCCUCCCACUACCCAAAGGCCGCCGCUACGUCCAAAGCCGACUCGCAGGCCCACAAACGAGUACCUACCACCUAUGUCCGCCAACGAAAUCACGCCGUUCGAACCUGACCGCGUUCCGCAGCCCUCGAACGAGAAGCCGAUCUACCGUGGCGAGGAUCAACUGUCUCCCCAGAUCUUUCCCAUACCCCAGACAGCUGAGAGGCCGAAACACUUUUCCAAGUGCGCCUCCGCCCUCGUGUGCACCUCCGAGAACUUCUGCAACGCCAUCGGAGUGGUCUCUGAGUCCGCCGUGGAGUUGACCCCUCUGGAAGCAGUAUUUCGAGUACCUCUCACCGACUGCCUGCAGGACGAAAAUGGUGCACCCGGCAAGUGUUGCCGUGACCCGAACUAUGUGGACCCCUGGCCUGUUAACUUGGCUGGAGUUUGCGCGACAAGGAACAAGCGGACAAAACCCACAGGAGUCAAGGAACUGGACGCGAGCUUUGCCGAGAUCUCCUGGCAGGCCAUGAUCUUGCGCGAGUCGAGCAAGACACUUAUCUGCGGCGGAGCUAUUAUCGGAGACGAGUUCGUCCUGACCUCUGCCGGUUGCGUAAAUGGACUGCCAGUGACCGACAUUCGCGUUAAGGCCGGAGAGUGGGAGCUGGGCAGCACAAACGAGCCACUUCCGUUCCAGCUGACUGGCGUCAAAACUAUCGACGUGCACCCCGCAUACGAUCACUCGACCAACGCUCACGAUAUUGCCAUUAUCCGACUCGAGAGACGCUUGGAGUUUGCCUCCCACAUCCAGCCUAUUUGCAUUAGCGACGAGGACCCAAAGGCUUCUGAACAAUGCAUAACCUCCGGCUGGGGAAAGCAAGCGUUAUUGAUUCACGAAGAGGGCGCUCUGAUGCACGUAACCGACACCUCUGCGCUAGGCCGCAGUGAGUGUGGUGCCGAUUCCAGCAGCGUGUGCAGUGCCACCAAAUUUGAUGCCUGCCAGUUCGACGUGGGCAGUGCUCUGGCCUGCGGGAGCGGUUCAAACAUCCGCCUUAAAGGAAUCUUCGCCGGCGAGAAUUCCUGCGGGGACGGCCAGACAGUCCGCUUUGCCAAGCCGGACAUAAAGUGGAUCAACAAGGCCUUCGCCGACAAGAAUAAGCCGCUCCUUCUGAAGCGAUUUUAAGAAAUAUAUGUAUGAAGAUGAGGAGGCAGUUCAAUAGCCGGAGUAAAUACGACAGAACCUUAUUUCUUCCUUUACGUUUUAUUCAAAUACAUAUGUGCAUGUAUGUGCAUUGGGCGAACUUUUUUUUUGCAAUUUUUAAGGCCAUACUCUCACCCUAUUAUUUAUUACUUUUUGGUGCCCCUAAUGCAUAACUUAAAGAAAACAAUCAGUUUAAGACGGUGUGCAAAGGUUCUUAACAUUCUUAAGCCAAUAUGUCUAUAUGCUAAAGAUUUCAUUUUUUACAUCGUCAGUUUCAAGCUCUGAAGUCGUUCGUAAAAUUGGAACCCCUGGAAACCAAAUAAUACUUAAAUAUAAUAGUGAAUACAGUGAUAACCUAAAAUAACAUUUAAAAUCUUAUAAAUUGUAUUUGUGAAUUUCUUUAUGCUAACAUUGCCCUUAAUCUUUAAAAUUAAAAAAUGCGUUCGGUAUUUCAAUGUGAAUCCCACAAAAUUCUUUACAGGCAUAGCUUUAAAAAAGUAGCCAAAAUAAAAUUUUUAUUGCUGGGGGACCAAACACGGUCAUUUUCGUCCAGAGACAAGUUUUACGAACUAUGUGAGUCAUUUUUACUGAUAGUUUGAGUCCAUUAUUAUGAAAAAUUAUUGUUUUCGCAUAAUUUAAUUUGUACAUACAACUACCAUUUUAGAUAGUGAGCUCAUUUGACCUCAAAAAAGUCCACCUUAAUGUACAUACAUACAUAUGUAUGUAGAACGAAUUCAGAUUUGUAGUUAAUACGCAAUGCGAGAUGUAAAAUAUUUAAUUACUUAUAAAAUAUAUAUAUACAUUCCAUAAAUAA